AUGUCCAAUUUAAUUAAAUUUAUUUCUACCAUUUUCCUUUUAUUUUUCCUAACUGACGCUUCCGAUGUUAGAAUGUUUACUUCUGAUGGUGUUGUAUACAGUUACAAAGUUGUCACGAGUACUAUAAAACCCGCUACAGUAAUCGUCCUUACUUCUUCUUAUACUACUACUAUUGUGAGAAAAACUACUUUGGCAAACUCUCAAGUUGCAACUACCACAGAAGAAAUCACAACUGAAACUACAAUUACAUCCUCAUCCACUAGGAGCACAGCUACUCCUACUACGGCUACCAGUAUUUCUUCUUCACCUGAAUCAUCCAGUGUCGCUUCUUACAAAAGUUCUCCAAGUGUUCUGACCCCUACAACUACUGCUAAAACUUCCAUAAUUGCUUCUUCUACAUCCAUCAAAGCUGCUACUACUUCUUCCACAUCUAUCAAUGCUGAUACUACUUCUUCUACAUCUACCAAUGCUGUCACUAGUUCUUCUACAUCUACCAAUGCUGUCACUAGUUCUUCUACAUCUACCAAUGCUGUCACUAGUUCUUCUACAGUUACGAAUGCUGCCACUAGUUCUACCGCCCCAAGUCAAACCGCCUCCACUGCUAUUUUGACUACAAGUGUCGAUUCUGUCGGAGGUACGUGCUAUGUCUACUACGAAGACGAUGAAGAUGAUGCUUAUUAUAGCACAGUAUACAUCACCGAUGCUACCCAAUCUGUCGAUGCUGCAACAACAAUAACGAGUACAAGAACGGUACAAGCUACUGUGGUGGUUUAA